AUGAGCGACCAAAAGAACCAAGUCUUUCUUAUCUGGGGUGGAAAUGGAUGGAUUGCGGGCAUCCUGUACGAGAUGCUGAAGACGCAAGGCCACAAAGUCUACUCAACCACCAUCCGCAUGGAGGACCGCGAAGCUGUGCUGGCCGAGUUGAAUCGCAUCAAACCGACUCACGUCCUCAAUUGCGCCGGUGUCACUGGUCGUCCCAAUGUGGAUUGGUGCGAAGACAACAAACCUGCGACCGUCCGUGCCAACCUCAUCGGCACCAACAAUCUGGCCGACUGCUGUUUCCUGCAGGGAAUUCACUGCACAAUCUAUGCUACCGGAUGCAUUUACGCCUACGAUGAGAAGCAUCCUAUGGGAUCGGGCAUUGGCUUCACCGAAACCGAUCCAGCCAAUUUCUCCGGCUCGUACUAUUCCUUCGUCAAGGCUCACGCCGAGCGAAUGCUUGUCUCAGCUUACGAAGCAAACACUUUGAUCCUCCGUCUCCGAAUGCCUGUAUCGGACGACCUGAAUCCACGCUCGUUUGUGACUAAGAUCACGAAAUACGACCAUGUUGUCGACAUCCCCAACAGCAACUCGAUCCUUACCGAUCUCCUGCCAUGCAGCGUAAAGCUCGCACAGGAGAAGGUGACCGGCGUCUACAACUUCACCAACCCAGGUGCCAUCAGCCACAAUGAAGUUCUGUCGUUGUACAAGCAGUAUGUCAACCCGGACUUCAAGUGGAAGAAUUUCAGCUUGGACGAACAGGCCAAGGUGAUCAAGGCUGGAAGGUCGAAUUGCGAGCUUGACACCACUAAGUUGGUCAACAAGAUGCGCGAAUUCAAUAUGGAGAUCCCCAAUGUUCACGAGGCCUAUGCCCAAUGCUUCCAAAGGAUGGCUGCCGGCAAGCGCCAGCAUCAGGGAGCAGGAGAAAACAAGGAAAAUGUUGCCUCCACGAGCAGCAAGGCUGCAGAGCUAGGAGUCGUCGAGAGCGUCUCUCUCGUGAAGUAG